GCGAGUGAGCAGGAAGGGGAGGGAAGGCUGGCUGCCAAGCGAGCAAUGCGUUAGUCGGUGGCGGCGGCUUAGCCGAGGCAGGGCUGCGCUGCUGAGGCAAGCAAAGAGAAACCCAAGAUGGCCCCUGCUGCAAAGGCAGCCGCGGGAGCAGCAGCGGGCCGGAGGGUGGAAGAAGAAGAGGCCGCGGCCGGACGCCUCUUGCUGCUGCUGCUGCUUUGGCUGGAGAAGAAGGCGGUGGGCGCAACGGCCGCGUCCGCUGCCCGCAGCUGAGAGGAGCUGCCGCCGUGAGGUUAUAUUUCACACUAUGUGCUGACUGUCUGUACUUACAGAAGAUAUUUAAAAACAAUUUUUUCCAAAAUUUUUUGAUUCCAGUGGAAUCUGCGCUUUAGAUUUUGUCUUGUGAAUUAACACCUGAAGCAAUGCCUGUACAAGCUCCACAAUGGACGGAUUUUCUCUCCUGCCCUAUUUGCACACAAACCUUCGACGAAACAAUCCGGAAGCCCAUCAGCCUGGGCUGUGGCCACACAGUCUGCAAGAUGUGCCUGAACAAGCUCCAUCGGAAGGCAUGCCCCUUUGACCAGACCACCAUUAACACAGAUAUUGAGCUUCUUCCUGUGAACUCUGCUCUGUUGCAGCUUGUGGGGGCUCAGGUGCCAGAACAACAGCCAGUACCUCUGUGCAGCGGUGCUGAGAAUACCAAGCAUUAUGAGGAGGCCAAGAAAUGUGUGGAAGAACUAGCCUUGUACCUUAAACCACUCAGCAGUGCUAGAGGUGUUGGGCUGAACAGCACCACCCAGAGUGUUCUCAGUCGCCCUAUGCAGCGGAAGCUGGUGACCUUAGUCCACUGCCAGCUGGUGGAGGAAGAAGGGCGGAUCAGGGCUAUGCGUGCUGCGCGAUCGCUAGGAGAAAGAACGGUCACAGAGCUCAUCCUUCAGCACCAGAACCCCCAGCAACUCUCCUCCAACCUUUGGGCUGCAGUGAGGGCCAGAGGCUGUCAGUUCCUUGGACCUGCCAUGCAAGAGGAAGCUCUCAAGUUGGUUCUUUUGGCUUUGGAGGAUGGAUCUGCUUUGUCACGGAAGGUCUUGGUUCUCUUCGUGGUACAGAGGUUGGAGCCACGUUUUCCUCAGGCUUCAAAAACCAGCAUUGGGCAUGUUGUCCAGCUCCUUUACAGAGCCUCUUGUUUCAAGGUAACCAAACGCGAUGAAGACUCCUCCCUGAUGCAGCUGAAGGAGGAGUUCCGAACGUAUGAAGCUCUGAGGCGGGAGCACGAUUCCCAGAUAGUGCAAAUUGCGAUGGAGGCUGGUUUGCGCAUCGCCCCAGAUCAGUGGUCCUCAUUAUUAUACGGUGAUCAGUCCCACAAAUCCCAUAUGCAGUCCAUCAUUGACAAGUUGCAGACCCCAGCCUCCUUUGCACAGAGUGUUCAGGAGCUAACCAUUGCUCUCCAGCGGACUGGAGACCCUGCCAAUCUGAAUAGGCUUCGACCUCAUCUUGAACUCCUAGCAAAUAUCGAUCCAAGUCCAGAUGCCCCACCACCCACAUGGGAACAACUUGAAAACGGGCUUGUCGCUGUGCGGACUGUGGUACAUGGCCUGGUUGAUUACAUCCAGAAUCACAGCAAAAAAGGAGCAGACCAACAGCAGCCUCCACAGCACAGCAAGUACAAGACAUACAUGUGCCGCGAUAUGAAGCAAAGAGGAGGGUGCCCCCGUGGGGCCAGCUGCACCUUUGCACAUUCGCAGGAAGAAUUAGAAAAAUUUCGUAAGAUGAACAAACGUCUGGUUCCUCGAAGACCCCUGAGUGCCUCCUUAGGUCAACUGAAUGAAGUUGGCUUAUCUUCAGCAGCUAUUCUCUCAGAUGAAGGGGCAGUGGACCUGCCUAGCAGAAAACCGUCUGCCUUGCCAAAUGGGAUUGUUUCAGCCGGCAGUGCAGUGACACAGCUUAUCUCUCGUGGAACUGACUCCAGCUACGAUUCGGCCCUGAAACCUGGGAAGAUCGACCACCUUAGCAGCAGUGCCCCUGGGUCACCUCCUGAUUUGCUGGAAUCUGUUCCCAAGAGCGCUCUAACUGCCUUACCAGUGAACUCUCAUCCCGUGCCCCCUCGGGGACCGGCAGACUUGGCUCCGAUAUCUGUCAGCAAGCAACUCCAGAUGGUACCACGAGGUUCCCCGUUAUAUCCUGCUCAGCAAGCUGAUGUGUUUUACCCAGAUCCUCGGGGAGCAGCUCCACCAUUUGAACCUCCACCCUACCAACCAGGUGUGUAUUAUCCUACAGCUCAGUCUUCACAGUGUAUGUCUCGAUUUGUCCGACCUCCACCAUCAGUUCCUGAGCCGGGUCCUCCAUAUUUAGAACAUUACCCGCCAUACCUCCAAGACCGCGUGGUGAAUUCUCAGUAUGGUGCACAACCUCAGCAAUACCCUCCUAUGGGACAGCCCAUGUACCCUCCCCACUAUGACAGCCGCCGCGUCUAUCCCUCUGCCCAGCCAUACCCCCGGGAAGAGAUCGUCAGAGGAAGCCCUGUACCCAUUGAAAUUCCUCCACCAGCUGUAUCGCCAUAUGUACCUGAAACAAGAGACAGAUAUCCACAAGUGGAAGGCUACUAUCCAGUCAGUCCGCAUCUCAGCCAGAUCCGACCUUCGUAUCCCAGAGAGCCUUAUGGCCGGCCUCCACCUCAGCCGCAUCCCAGUCUAGAUGAACUGCACCGUCGUCGGAAGGAGAUCAUGGCUCAGCUAGAGGAAAGGAAAGUCAUCUCCCCUCCUCCUUUUGCGCCGUCACCGACUCUGCCUCCCUCUUUCCACACUGAUGAGUACAUGGAUGAAGAUCUGAAGGUAGCUGGCAAAUACAAAGGAAAUGAUUACAGCCAGUAUUCUCCUUGGUCAUGUGACACCAUCGGCUCCUACAUUGGAACCAAAGAUGUAAAACCCAAAGACAUUGUGGCAGCGGGGUCUGUGGAGAUGGUGAACGUGGAUAGCAAAGGGAUGCGAGACCAGCGGUUGGAUUUGCAGAGGAGAGCAGCAGAGACUGGGGAUGACGAUCUCAUUCCAUUUGGAGACCGGCCCACCGUCUCAAGGUUCGGUGCCAUCUCGCGAACAUCUAAAACUAUGUACCAGAAUCCUGGACCCAUGCAAGCCAUGACAGUUCAAGGAGCUUCCACAAAACCAGUCAACAUUUCAGAUUACAGCCCUUAUGGAACACACAGCGCAUGGGGAGGCUCACCAUAUACACCCCACCCAAACCUACCUUCUCAGGGACGCCUUAGUGACAGGGAAAGAUUGUCCAUAACAGACGCAGCUGGCCACGGGAAGCCGUUGCCCUCAGCCGAAAGGGAACAGCAGCUUCGGCUUGAACUACAGCAACUAAACCACCAGAUCAGCCAACAGACACAACUCCGAGGACUGGAGGCUGUUAGUAACAGGCUGCUGUUGCAGAGGGAGGCGACCACCUUGGCAGGCCAACCACAGCCCCCACCGCCACCUCCUAAGUGGCCUGGAAUGAUCUCGAGUGAACAGCUGAGCUUGGAGCUACACCAGGUGGAGAGGGAAAUCGGGAAGAGAACCCGGGAGCUGAGCAUGGAGAGCCAGUCUUCCUUGGAAGUGAAAAGCAAACUGGGUGCCAGUAAGCAAACAGAAAAUGGACAGCAAAGCAAGGUGCCAGCUGAAGACCUUGCGCUGACAUUCAGCAGUGAUGUUCCAAAUGGAUCAGCCCCAAUCCAAGAAAACGUCGGCCUCCUCUCGAACAAAACUGCAGCUCUGAGCUUGUCAGAGGACACCGAAGGGGGAGGAGAUGAACAGGACACCCAGAGGGCAGGGACAACAGCCGCAUCUGCUCCCUGAAGGAACAAAAAGCAUCCCUCCACUUCUGUCGGGGGUCACCUCCCCCCCUCCUCGGGACGAUGGGAGACAGCAAGAACUCAACGGCAGCAGGUCCGAAGAUAAUGUGCACAACACCACUACUAGAAACAAACCCUGCACAUAGUUCACAUUAACACAUUUUUUAAUUAAAAAAAUGAAAAUUAGCAGUAUCUGCAAGCAACUUCGAUUAAAUUUGUUUUUGUUCUGUGAAUGAACUUUGUUUUAAUAACUUUGGAUGCCUUGAAUGCCAGGGCUUUAAAAAAACAGAUAUUAUAUAUAUAUAUAUACACACUCUGUUUGAUUAAUUGUAUGAUCUUAAUGAGGUAGGUUUUCUCUUUUAUUUUGGUAUUAUUACAUACCCAGUGUACAAUUCCUUUUAGGUCUCUCUGCUCCUCCCUUUGCAACAAGCUCACUGCUUUUGUGUGAGUUUGAAAGGAAAAAAAAAUGGGGAAUGCGAGAUGGAGGAGGAAGCUCUAACUUGCUUGGUUGAAAAAUGUGUGGCAGAGAUAAUCUAAAAGUACCUCUCCUUGAAUACUUUGCCCAUUUCUUGACAUUUAUUCGUCAUCUUUUCCUAAACAUUGUGGUGCAGUUUUAUUACUUGGCAAUAACAAAACUCCAUACAAACCUCAAAAGAGUAAAAACUGGUGUGUGGGAGUUCCCUUUUUAUGAAGGGAGCAGAAAGGUCUGGACUCCAGACUCAAUAUAAGUUGGCUAAUGUUACUUAAUUUUGUCUCUCGUGAAAGGUGUCUGAUUUAUUAUUAUUAUUAUGGAACCUGGUGCUGAGGAAGUAUCUGCAAAUGGAUACAGUGGUUUCCUCUGCAGUCAAGAUGCAGGGGUGAAACGGAACUACAAAAAGUCCUAUUUUGGAUGAGAUGGAAAAACAGGGAUAAGAAACUCUGUCUCUUGUUACCACCAUUCCCUCUGCAUUUUUCAUUACAUCCAAAGCUGCUCUUAGAUCCCCUUCAAUCAUUAUCCUCUCUUUGGCAAUUGACAUUUUUUUUUUUUGAAGAACUGAGGCUUCCUCCAUGUAAGAGAAGCCUCCCCCCUCCUCAGAAAAAUAUCCCUUCCACAACUCUACUGCAAGCAGACCUGUCUUCAGGGGAAAGUCUGUUAAGAAUCUAUUUGGGACGAAACACUUCCCAUUUCUACUAAUAGCACUUCAUGUAAAACUAGCUGUAAAACCCCUUCCUGCGAGGCAGGGGGGUGGGGGUGCUUUUUCAUGCUGCACAUAUUUUUCACAUCCUCCCCUUUCUGGCCGUCUUCACCUCCUCCAAUUUUACAUGGACCUCGAGAUGGCCGUGAGAGGGGAGGAAAAAAAUCUCAGCAAAGGCUUCCUCCCAUCUCUUAGGCCUGUUUCUCCCUUACGAAACUACGACUACUAAAUCUCAGAAA